UUCAACAGGGCUCCGGCAUGACGCUGCUCUCAGAUCAGCCGGUAAACGACUCCCAGGCUGUGUUUAAGUAUCGUCCUGUGGACUUCCUCUUCACUUGUCUGGGUCUGGUGUUCCUGUUGCUCGACAUUGUUCUGGAUAUCUAUGCAGCUGUGAGUUUUUACCAGGAAAAGGAGUACGCAUGCCUCGGUGUGCUGCUGCUGUUCCUGCUCGGCUCCUCGGUGCUCGGGCAGCUCUACAGUUGGCUGUGGUACAGCUACGAGAACUUUCGCAGGGAGACCAAGGUGGAGAGAUGCCUGAGACUGUGGCAGCUCCACCUCCUUCAUGUGCUCCAGCUGGGAAUCUACUUCAGGCAUGCCGGUGUCGUGGAGGCUUCUGUCCACAGCUUCCUCACGAGGUCGCCCCUGCCCAUGGCCGUGUUCCUGACCCACGACCUCAGCAUGCUGAAGCUGUUUGAGGCGUUUUCGGAGGGCACCCCUCAGCUCGUGCUCAUGCUCACCAUCAUCCUGCAGCGGGGUCAGCUGGACCCGGUGACAGUGCUGAAGGCCCUCGGCUCGGUCGCAGCCAUCGCCAUCAGUGUGACUAUGUACCACCGCUCCCUGCGCUCCUUCCUGCCCGAAAAGAUGGACCAGCGGCUGGCCUCCUCAGUGGUCUACUUCAUCUGGAACGUGCUCUUCAUCGCCUCCCGCGUGGUCGCCCUCGCCCUCUUCGCCUCCGUGCUGCCCUGCUUCAUCUUCAGCCACUUCUUCUGCUCCUGGCUGGUUUUAUUCUUCUUCGCCUGGAGAUCCAAGACCAGCUUCAUGGAUAGCCCCGGUGCUGAGUGGCUGUACCGAGCCACUGUGGGCCUCAUUUGGUAUUUCAACUGGUUUAAUGUGGCGGAGGGGAGCACCAGGACCAGGAUUCUGCUCUACCACGGCUACAAACUGGCGGAUAUUUCCCUCCUCUGCGGCCUGUGGUGCUGGAAGACAACCACAGAACCAUCUCAUAGUGGAAUAACCCUCUUUUAUGCUGUAAUCACUGCUGUCAGUGUUGUGUCUUUUUACUUCCUUGGACUCUUAUUUAAAAUAAUAUAUUACAAAUACCAUCACCCAAACCUCGACAGAGAGCAGAUGACAGGUGUCUCGACUGGGAUGGCCCAAAAUGGAGAUGAGGCACCUGUGGGUAAAUCACCUUCUGGUGAUGAGGUGGACUUAACGCUCAUUCUUUAUUCCGCGUCAUUAGAAUCAGUCGUUGCAGAUCGCUGCGGGCCCAGAACACCAUCACCUCCGCCCAGCGCUGGCCGCUGCAAUAACAGAAUGAGGAAGAUGGCCAAUAACUUCUACUGCUGACCUGCUGUCACUUGACAUCCGCACAGGACCUGAGGUUUGAAAGAGACGUGAGUCAUGCAGGCGUCUGUCAACACGCCACUGAGUUCACAGGACUUUGACCGCCUCAUUAACCACAGAUUCAAACUCAUGAGAAUCUACUGAGGUCCAGGUGGAGACACUUUGUGGUGUUAUGGUCCAAUGACAGUCAGUUACUGGUGUUCCCUUGUGUUUACCGUUUAUCAUUAUUA